UCCAACGGGAAAAUAAACUAAUCGAUAAAUUGAACAAAAUUAUUGUUGUUGUGUACAAAAUAAUACCGAAAUAAACAAGAAUUACUUGUGGAAACAAUGUGGAAACGAAUUAAAGACACAACAUAUUUUCUUUCAUUUUCAAAUGAUCGUGAAUACGAGAUAUGCGUAACAGAUUACGUUGGUGUUUGGACUUCAUUUUACUCCGAAAAGGCAUUCGUUGCUCAACUGAAAGAAAGUAAUGACGGCCUGGAAAUGGAAGACAGUGAGUUUGUACAAAAAGGUGUAUAUUUGCUCACCAAUCUCGAUAACUUGAAGAAGUUUGGUAUAGAAAGCAAAGAAAAUGGUAAAAGUUUAUUUAUUACCUUGACAAUAUCAUUGGGAUUCCUUUUUAACUUUGAAUGUAAACUAUUAAAGGGCUCGGAAGAAUUAUAUUUCCAGGAAGUUACCCGGCCACUGUUGAAUGUUAUUUGUGACAUACGAGAAAGUGAGACUGAACUGAGACGCCUGUUAGUGCGAAAAGACAAACAAAUAGAAGAAUACAAAAGCGAGGGUGGUGAGAUUGUAUUAAGAAAUCUCAAAACAGUGCCAUUUAAUGAUGAGGAACAUGUGCAGAAAUACAGGGAGUAUGAAAAACAGUUUGGAGCAUGCAAUAAGUCCCCGACUUUCAUUAAAGAAGUUAUUGAGCUUUUGGAGAAAAAUGUUCUGAAGCAAAAACCUGCUGUACGUCCAGAACCAGUCCCCAAAAUUAAGAUAGAAGCUGGUCCUUCUACUAAAAUCGUGCCGGGCCCCUCUAUCAAGAUGGAGCCUGACACAACAGUUCUGACUGAGCCCGAUCCUCCUGUCAAACAAGAAACUACUGAAGAAACUAAUGCUCAAGUUGUUACAGCAUCAGUAAGUUUCAAACAAGAGAUUAAACGAGAAACGUUACGAGCUCACGUUCCACGUAAACGGUCAAGAUUCAACUUCUAAAUAUUUUUAACGUAGUGGAAUCCAUCCUUUAAUAUUAAAAUGGCUAAGUUAUUAUGCUGUAUAUAUGCUACAGCCUUGCCAAUCGAGGCAUGGUGAUAUUAAGACUGUUUAUUUACCUAAAUGUUUAUUUUUUAUGAACUAGUUUUAAUAUAUUUUACAAAUUAAUAUAUUGUGUUCAUAAUGUAAAUUAGGUAUAUAUGGAAUUUAUUAUGUGUUUAUUUUAUUAACUGAUGAUAAUAUUUUUGCUGACUUAUUUUUUUAUGAAGUGCAUAUCCAUGCAUAAACGUUAUUUUCACAAACAUAAUAUCUAAAAUGUAGUAAGUAAUCAAGGAUUCUAUUAUAUGUACAAUGAAAUAUCAAAGUAAUUAAAUGUAAUAGACAUAAAUCUUACCAUUAAAUCUUUUUCGAAAAUAAUAAUAAUAGAAUUUGAAGCAUAUCUGUGUAGAUUGAAAUGAAAUAAACACUUUAAUUUUA